AUGCUCAAAUCCAUCACACUAUACUGCAGCACACCCGGUGCCAACACCAACGAGGAUCUCUUCACAUCUUCCGAACACGUAACCAUAUCCAAUCAUACUCUACGCCAGUGCUUCGUAUGUCACACUGCCCGUCUAUGCCAUAACAUCGUUUCGCUACGUAUUUCGGACGUAGUUGUGCAGGCUGCGAACUAUGUGCCCGUGUUUUCUGGGAUGAAGGCGUGCAAGGAGCUAGUCCUCGAUAUGUACAAUCCCGUCGCGCUGAACACCCAGCUACGUUUAUGGAGGAGCGACCAGGAUCGCAAGUCUGAGCUGCCGGACGUGGAGAUCCUCAGGUACACGGACGAAGAAGACGAGCUACCCAAGUUGUUGGAAGGAUCACACUACGACAUGACAACCGAUCUGUACCUUGAUGCGGAGUACAGUGGCCUUACGAGCAUGGCAAGCUGGGAUCUCAAGACCAAGAUGCCCGCGCUUCGGACUCUCCACAUAGCGCAGGACUCGCUAGAGAAUGCACGACCGCGUUACAUGACGCCGACGCGUGCCGUUCACGAAGGCGCACAGUGUGUGAAGAGUUGGCCUCCAGUCGUACAUCUGGAGAGUUCGCUUUCCAGCGCACACGCUACCGACAAAGCUGCGACCGUCCUCCGGGAAUGGUUAGCCCAAGUCCACCAACACGAGCUGGCUCUCGAAGAGCUCUACGCGCCUCCUGAGGCAGUCGUUGCGAUGGAUGCUAUCGAUGCGGAGAACUCUGCGAGAUCCAGUUGGAGAGAGGUUGUCGGCGAAGUACAAGCGGUGUCUUGA